AUGGGGCGCUGCCGGCGCGGCCGCGGAGCGCUCGGCUCGGCUGGGCUCGGCUGCUCACUCACCUCGGCGGCGGCGGCGCGGCUCAGGGCAGGCCGGGCGAGCUCCCCGCGGCGGCGAGGCGCUGCUCCGCGGGCUGCUCAGCGCGGGCCGGCGGCGCGGGGCCGGCCCCGCAGGCCGGGCUCAUGGCGCGGAGCGGGCCGUGCCACCGCCGUUCGCCGCGGGGCCGGGCCGCGGGCGGGCGGCGCUCCGAGCCCGGCGCCCCACCGCCCCGCUCCUUUCGCUUUCGCCGCCGGCGGCUCCAGCCCGCGCCCGCCGGCGGAGCUCGGCGUCCGGCCGCGGCGAGCACCAACUUCCCUCCCGGCCGCGAGUUGCGGGCGCUUUCCCCGCCGGGCGGGCGGCUCCGGUGCCGGCGGCCGCGGCAGCCCGGGGGCGGGCGGGGGCGCCGUGGCGAGGGGCGAAGCGCUGCGUGCCGAGUGCUCCUUUCUCCGCCGGAGCCUGAAUAAUCAUUUGGAGAAACAGGAUCAUUCACUUUCCUCCGUGCAAGGAGCCAAGCGCUGCCCUGUCAAAAUAAAAGCCCCGCUCUCUCCGGCGCUGAUUAACUGCUUCCUAAUCUCGGGCUUUCCGCCGGCCUCCCAGCGGCCUGCCGGGGACGCGCACCUUGCGAGGGCGGCGCUGGAGGCGCACGGCCGCCGGGACGGGGCGCGCAGCCCGACCGCAUCCCCGCGCACCGCCGCCCGGCUCGGAACGGGGAGCGCCGGCCCCGCGGCCCCUGGGAGCCCCGGGCGGGACUGCCGAGCCGCGGGCCUCGGCUCUGCGAUUACUGCGAGGAAGGAGACGCCGUCGCCUGGCGGGGGACGCGGACAAAAUGACCUCAUUUCUGCAAGCAGCCUGCGACGGAGAAACCUUCCACCGCCGAAAGUAAAAAAGGCUGCAGGAUGGGGUUCUGCUCGUCGCACCCUGCGGCGGGCGCGGCAGCUCCCCUGGCGGAGCGGCUGCUGCGUGCCGAGCGACGGAGGGGGAAACACGCGGAACGUCCUUCUCGCAAGCACGGUGCGAACACGCAGGGCGCGUCCGGACGGAGCCGGGCACCGCCGGGAAGACGGUGGAGCUGGGCCGGGAACGGCAACACAGCGCGCGGAGCAGCGAGGAAGCACCCGCCGCUGAGACACGGGGAGAUUUCCGACCCGACGGCGGGGAAGGGCAGCGCCGGGCGCGCGGUGCUCGGUCUGAAGCCGCCUGCAGCCCCUGCAGCAGAGGUGGCUGCCUGCCUGCGAGCGGCUGCACAGAUGCACAUCCGCCUGUGCGACAUUACACGCCCGGUUAUCUCGCACAAAUGCGAUUACUGGCGGGUUUCUGUGCUGCCUGCAAGGGGCAACGUCACCCGUGGAUCCACACGGCCCGGGCUUCCCCAGCGCUCAGCCCUUUCUCAGUGCUGUCACUCGGGCCUGGUUCAUCGCCCCGUUCCCAUCCCCCGGUGCGCUUCAGAUGAAGCCCCGCAGCCUCCUUGGCGCGGCAGUUCAGCUUCCCUGGGAGCGUCCCCGAGGUCCGCGUCACCUUCUGCCUGCAGUGCCCGGAUCGCCCAGGGGUGGGCUGGCGGCACGGACCGCUCGGCAGCAUCUUAAAGCAUUGCAGAGCUAAAGGGGAUCCAGGGACAAGCAAUGCAUCGCAGCUGCCGGGAAGCAGCGGCCCUAACUGACAAGAUACGUCUCUCCCUCCUGCCCGGCGUGACCGCAAGUCAGCGGCCACGACCGGAGACAGAGCCUCGGUUACCGACUUGGCUCGGGGCGAGGAAUGACACAGCAAGAAAGCCACCGCGGCAUCCAGAGAGGACCCUCAGCAAAGACCCCGGCAAGGAGCCCCGGCACGGAGCUCCCUGAUCGGGCGCAGCGCCGUUCCGCCCCCCCCCCCCCCCGCACAGUGCUGCCCGCACCGGGGCGGCCCCGCGGGAACCGCAGCGCGGGGGGCGGUCGGGGACGCGGCGGCAGCGCCCCCUGGCGGCGAGUAGCGGCGGAGGACCCCCGCGGGGGGCGCACAUCCCGGCCGCCCCCGCCGCGUCCGUCCUCAGCCAGGGCGGUGUUGUGAGCAAACGAGCGACGCGAGCGCCUAACGCACAGCUCGGCAAAGCAAACUUUGGCUGCCACAGCCGAGUGACAGCAGAGGCACGGAAGGCAAGUGAAAGUUCGCUGCUCCUAAAGGGAAAAACAGAAAGGAUCGGUAAUUCCCCUUCGAAGACGUUUUCCCCCAGGUGCACCCAAAGCAAUGCCUGGGGAAAACAUCUGAGGCCGGAGCAGACAAAAGGGACCACGUAUAGAUGUGCCUUUGGUCGCCCCAGGCUUCUCUCAGCACCCAGCCUUGGUGGGCGGGCUGGGCAGCGGGCACAGUGCGACCUGAGAAGCUGAGAGCUGCUUCUCUCCAUCUCAGCCCAAUGCAGAGAGGACAGAGGACCUCCACCUGUUCGCCACCUCUCCUUCUCCCCUUCCCCUUUGCUCCCAGGCUUCUGAUAUCACAGCCCCUCACAUCUCUCUGCACACACAUAAGUGGCUGAGUGAGACUGGGAAAGGGCAGUGGGAGGCCUGCCCCUGUGAGCUCCGUGCUCAGCUCUGCUUUUAAUUAACACUCCCAGUCUCCCCUUUUCUAUCAUUACAGCCACACCAGCAGAGACAGGAGGGGAAGGAACCGUUCCAGGUUACAACCUGUGCUGGGCAUUUCCAACAAAUACGCCACUCCUUCCUUCUGCUGUCACAUUCAUUCUUCCAAUGGCAGGAGCCGUUGGCUCUCCCAAGACGAUGACCCUUGCUCAAAGGGAAAGAUGCAACAAGAAAAACACACACCUUGGAAGCCCAGAGUCUCCUUUCCAAACUAGUGUUCCCUGGGCCAAAGACCAAGAGUGCUUGCUGUCAAGGUCACGGUUUGGCUCAGAUCAGUCCAUGCAAAGAGGUGGCUGUUUUCUUAAGGAGCGUGAGCAGGUCCCUGGUGAGGUGCUGUUGAGUAACUCGCUUAGGCAAAGAGCUUGAGCCAUACAGAGUGGAAAGCAGCAGCCAGGAGAAGAGGGAGCUAAAGGUGGGGCACGGGAGACACCGGGCUGCAGGGCCACAGCCUUGUCCUGUUGCACUUUCACUGAUGGGAUCCAGGGAUGUGUUCAUUCCCAUUGCCUCUCUAGAACACCGUCCCCAAGCUCAGACCUCCACAAGACCCCUGUGGGCAAGGCUCUCAUUACACUUAUGAAUAUGAUUAAUUAGGUCCAAUUAACUACACUGGAAUUAACGAUGUGAUUCACAGUUAGCUGGAGCUCUUUGUGAAAGGUUUCCCCGGUGGCCCAUUCCAGUCCCAGACCAACCCCCCAUUGAGGCCCAGGGGAUGGAAGAGCACACAUCACCUGGCAUGAAGGAAACGAGCCUGGGCAGGGAGAGCAGGGAGAUCACAGCAGCCCCAGCACUAAAUCUGCAGACCUGGCAUGUGGAGGCUUGGACUCAUCCGCUGCUCCCCGGGAGAGGAGAAGGAAGAGAUGAGAUUUCAGCUGCAGAGGUAGUCCAGCCUAAAAACAUCUCUGUUCUCCUGAUGCUGCCUCGGUCCUGCCCUUCAAUCUUUCUCUAUGCGGAUUCCUGGCCACCAUGUCUCAGUUCCCGCAGACGCUGGCACAGAUCCUAUCCCACAGUCCUGCAGGUCCCUGCCAUGCCUCCGUCUCUCCCAGGCUGCACGGCCAAGGCCGUUCAGUCACUGCUGCCGGAAGAAACAGGGGAGCACGAAGACAACACGUGUAGGGAUGCAUUCAGCCUCGGUCUCCAGCUCAGAGUUCUCAUGCUGGGGUUGAGACCUGCUCUGUCUGACUGGAUGGGUCCUGCAGCUCCCUCCACACCCUGUGGGAUUUUCUUGGCGCUGCUGCCCAGAGAGCUGUGGGUGCCCCAUCCCUGCAGGCACUGAAGGCCAGGUGGGAUGGGGCCCUGGGCAGCCUGAGCUGGUGGGGGGCAGCCCUGCCCACGGCCGGGGGUGGCACUGGGUGGGCUUUGAGCUGCCCUCCAACCUGGGCCAUUCUAUGAGUCUGUGAUUAUUAUGCUGCAGUUACAAAGCCAAAAUGCCACCUGUGCUGAAGUACCAGAGGAGAAUUUAAUCAGGCUAAACAGUUCCCCACAUGAAAAUACACUGCUGACAAACCACCUUCUUGCAAAGACAAACCGCUGACACAAUUCAGGAUCACAAAGGCACCAAGGCUCGGGAUGUCUUACAACAUCAGAUGCAGUCCUAAUGCACACACGGCACGACACAGCUCUCCAAGCCUUCUCCCUUCACUGUUCCUCCCUUGGCCGUGCCAGACUCAUCUUCCCACAGUCUCAGAUGAUCACUGCAGCUCAGAAUUCAUGCUGGCCUUCUGCGGUGCGCACAAAGCCUUGGUUCCGCUGGAGUUCUGGCACAGCAGAUGAGUUUAACUCCCACUGCAGCAGCCUGGUCUCUGGUAACAACGGCAGCAAGAACUCAGGGCUGCCGGCAUCGGAGCUCAGGGGGGAGCUUCUGCUGCCCAGCAGGGCGGGGGGCUUCCUGCCACCUCGGCAGGGACACAGAAAUGGGAGCCCCCAGGGCAGCUUGCACGGCAGGGGCAGCCGCCAGCGGGACGGACCCGAGCCGGCCGCCUGCAAAGCAACGCCGGCAGCAUCUGCAGGGAGCAAAGGGUUAAACCAUUUAGCGAGGCCACCGGUGUAAUAAAUGCAGCAAUCAGCACGGCCGGCGCCUCCCACUGCGACCCGGGGCCUGGGCUGGCUGGGGAGCCGGGAAGGUGGCAGGGAGCGGGGUGGG